AGAGAGAGAGAGAGAGAGAGAGAGAGAGGAAGGAGAAAGAGGAACUAAUACAAAGGAACGGAGAACUGAUGCGAGCAAGAGAAGUGAGGAAGAGAAAAAACACCUCGGAAAAAUAAGUUACAGCGGAGGAGAUAGAGCAAUAGAACAAGGAGAGGAGGAAAAGAGAAAAGGAGAGAAGGAGGAGCCGAUUCGGAGGCACCAAAUCUGUCUUGAGCGGGUCUUGACAAUAACAACAAAGAGUUUUAGUGGCCAGGGCUGUUGUGCCUUGUGCAAUGACUUCCUCCUACAGGCACGUAGCUCUAAUGGGUCCGCCAGGUGUGGGCAAGACGACUUUCAUAAAAAAGGUCGUGGGUCGCCUGCAGGAGGGCGGACUGACCUGCCAGGGGUUCUACACAGAGGAGGUGCGGCAAGAGGGGUCCCGCACUGGCUUUGAUGUGGUCACCUUGGAGGGCCAGCGAGGGAUUCUGGCAAGAGUGAGCCCUGAGGAUAGCGUUCGGCAGGGCCCCCGUGUCGGCAAGUAUGCUGUUGAUGUGGCAAGCUUCGAGUCACUGGCCCUUCCUGCUCUUCACACUGAGCUGUCCAGGCCGGCUGUUUUAGUGCUGGAUGAGGUUGGGAAGAUGGAAAUGUUUAGCGACGACUUUGUGAAGGGAGUACGGCAGGCGAUCUCCAGCCCAUCCUCCACCAUCCUGGCCACCAUCCCCAUCCCUAAGGGCAAGCCUAUACCGCUGGUGGAGGAGAUCAGGCGGAACCACAGCUUUCUAGUGGUGCAUCUGACACGAUCCAACAGGGAUGACCCAACACUGCAGGAGAAGAUUAUGAACAUAUUAAGAGCCUCCCUCAAGAUUUGAUGAGCUUGCCAAUAUCGACCAGUCAGUAUAUGUGCUUCAUCUGUGGAUCUGGAUGUUCAGUCUUCUGUUAUUCAUUAUUAUUAUUAUUGUUUUUCUUAUGUAGGAAUCGGAUUUUGGGCAUUGAAGUUUGGAGGGUCAGGUAUAUUGCCAGCCAGGUAUUGCUUUCUUCACAUACACAGGCACUAAACCAUUCAUCCAGUGUUUAAGGAUUGGGAUUAAGAUUUGGGGCUUCUAAGGGCAGGAUCUGAUCUUUUAUCCAGUGUGAGUGUUCGGGUAUCCAGGAUUCUUGGUGGUUCCAGUGAUAGGGAUUAUGGCAGCAAAAGACUACAUCAUUUACCUGAGGCAGCUAUUGACUUAAGGCUUCCUAUUAAUGAUUAGUUGUUGUUAUCAUUAUUAUUAUUAUUAUUGUAUUAGAUUUUCCUCCUCUCUUCCUGACCUCAGCAUGCACAGGCCAGGGAGAGAGACAGAGAAGAGGAAAAUCUAAUACAAUAAUAAUAAUAAUAAUAAUAAUAAGAGCAACUAGCCCUAACAUCUUAGUUGUCAUGAAAGUACCAGUGUGUGCAGUUAACACAAUCAUGUCUAGUUUACCUUGCUCAUGGCCUAGCCUUGGCGUAUAUUCAGGUAAAGAAUAAGAAAUGUUAGGAGUGAAAUCAUACUUAACAGCUACAAAUUAAUCUAUAUACCAGCAAUCACACACAUGGUGGCCCAGACAAAAGCACCCCCCCUCCCCACACACAUUCAGCCCUGUCUGCCCCUGGUGGAAAGGGACAGUCUUGUGGACCACUCUACAGGAGCUUAGCCAUGGCACAGCUGGCCACAUCACACAAGAAAUUAGUUCUGUUUUAAAUAUUAGUCUCUUUGAUCUCAUAACAUAGAAAGAGGCAGUAGGAGAGUUGACACAGAUGGUAGGUGAAAGGAAAUAUGUGGCAGGGAGCUGGGAACCUGAGGGAGGGCUACCUGGGUGACCAUGUUGCCAUAGCUAGCCCCUCUUAGUUACCCAUGGUGAGAGUUCUGGUGCAUGGUGUGGUGCCUGUGUCUGCUGCCAUGUAUCUGUGGCCUUGGCUUCUAUUAGGGUAAAUUUAGCAAUAUUCAUGUUUCAAUAGGUGAAGAUCUUUUCCUGCUCACUUGCUUGUAUUUGUGUCAUUUUGUGUUUGACUCACAACAUUGCCAGCGAUCAUUGCCACAGCCGGGGCAACAAACACUUCUUGGAGUGGUUACCUGUCUGGCGGUGGUGGCAUGGUAUAGCAUCAUGAGUGAAUGUUCAGUCAGUAUGUGGUGGUGGAUAUUCAUGUAAUGCUUGAAUAUUAUGAUGACAAAAGUAAAUAUUAAGACAUAAAUCAA